UUCUUUAAGUAAAUUAAUGUAUUGACGGUUAAAUUAGUACAAGAACAAAAAUUAUCUAUUAUAAAUAUUUUUCAAAGCAAAGAAGCAUAAUCAUUGAUAUCUCGUCAAACGAGACUUGUUGAAAAAUAAUUAAAACAUGGCGUCGAACAUUGUUUACGGUUGUUAGGCAGACUAUUUGCACGGAAGAUACAAACAAAGUGACGUAGCAGUCUGUAUGAAUGUAGAGUUCCCCUUUUAAAGUUCUCUGACGUAAACCCGUUUCAUUGAUCGAAACCGGUAUGCAAAGACGAUAUUCUGAUUCAGCAUAGAUAGAGUGAUAGUACAGUGUACAGGCACUAGAAAUCUAGAUUCUAUGCCUCUUCAUUGAAAUUGAUUUUGUCCCCCUUCGACUUCGACGCCUGAUGUUUGGCCUAAGCCAAGGGCGUAUUGUAUGUGGACAAAAUACGGCUGAACAUAGACUUUUCAACUAGAUCUACCGUGGCUGGGGGAGUAAGGCUGCUCCAUGGCGAGGCGACAAACGGUUGUGUGUUAUAUUUGUGGGAGGGAAUUUGGAUCAAAAUCAAUUUCAAUUCACGAGCCACAGUGUUUAAAGAAAUGGAACAAUGAAAAUGAAAAGCUCCCUCGUGGUCAGAGACGUCCCCCUCCUAACAAGCCCCAAAUUCUGCCUUCUAUUGGUAGCUCAGGGAAACAUGACACUGAACGUUUUAAUGAGAUGGCAUGGCAAGCUGCUCAGGCCAAUCUUGUAGAGUGUGACAACUGUGGGCGUACUUUCCAGCCUGAUCGAUUGCAAGUUCAUCAGAGGAGUUGUAAACCAGGGAAGCCUCUGAGGCCUCUACGUCAAAAUGUGAAUGCUAAUAAUACCCCAGACUUGAAUGACCAGGACAGACCAGGCACUGCAACUCUUACCUCACCAACAAUUUUGAAGAGAAAUGAAAACACAGGUCACACUUUGAGUUCAUCUAUGACAACGUCUGCUCUUUCAGAAGACCAGUCAAACAACAAUUUUAAUCAUACGAACAAACCAAAGAGUGGGAAACGCAGUAAUAGACCAAUCAGUGCAAAAGGAAGAACUCGACCAAAUCUUUCAGUGACUGAGGGCCAGCUGGAAAUUAAUGGUCAUUCCAGCCAGAACGAGAAAAAACCGGAGAAAAUGGAACGAGAAGGAACAUACACUGCUCCCACACAGAAGGGACCACCGAAACGUAGAGGACCUCCGGGGUCAAAUUUUGUGUUCUGCUACAUAUGUGGAAGACAGUUCACAACAGCCUCCAUAGGAAUUCAUGAACCUCAGUGUUUGGAGAAGUGGAAGAACGAGAAUAAUAAAUUACCAAGGGAACAAAGACGACCCUUGCCAAAGAAACCUGAAAUUAUUCAGAGUGGAGGGAAGUAUGAUGUACAAGCAGCCAAUGAAGCAGCAUGGCAGGCCUCUCAGGCCAACCUCGCGCCAUGCCCAAACUGUGGCAGAACUUUUAAUCCUGACAGACUUCAAGUACAUUUGAGAGCUUGCAAACCAAAACCUGGAGCAAACCCCUCAUCUAGCACACCAGAAUCAAACUCCACAAUGAGCACAAAAGGUGUAGCUACAGGAACGUCUGUCAGUUCCAAAAGUCAGGAUACAUCCCAGCGAGGUCCGCGAACUGUCAUCUGUUAUAUAUGUGGACGAGAGUUUGGAACAAAGUCUAUCUCUAUCCAUGAACCUCAAUGUUUGGAGAAGUGGAAGGUCCAAAACGCGCAACUUCCAAAAGAACAAAGACGUCCAAUUCCUCGCAAACCCAAGGCUGGAGCUGAUGGUCAGCUGACAAGGGCUCAGAUGAAUGAGGCUGCUUGGGAGGCAGCUAAGGCCCAGUUGGUGCCGUGCCCAAACUGUGGUCGUACAUUUGCACCUGACAGAUUAGUGGUCCAUCAGAGAGCAUGCAAGCCAAAAGCUGGUGGUGGUGGUGGUGGUGGUGGUGGAGGUGGUGCUUCUGCUACAGCAACACCUGCUCCAUCAAAACCACCUGUCAUAAGAAGACCAACAACUGUUGUUUGCUACAUCUGUGGCAGAGAGUUUGGGAGCAAAUCUAUCUCAAUUCAUGAGCCACAGUGUCUCCAAAAAUGGCACAUAGAGAAUGACAAACUGCCUAAACAGAUGAGACGACCAGAACCGAAGAAACCCGAAGUUAGGAGCAUUGGUGGCAACAAGAGUGGUCAAUAUGAUGUGGAUGCGAUGAACGAGGCUGCCUGGCAGAGUGCACAAGCCAACUUGUGUAAAUGUGAAAAUUGUGGUCGCACUUUUCUUCCCGAUCGACUCAUUGUUCAUCAACGGAGCUGUAGACCAAAGCCGCCAAAAGUUGUUGAUUAGUUUUUCAGCCUUUGUUGGGAAGGUGCCGCUAUAUGACAAGGUUAGAUAAGUUUUUUAUCAGCGCUGUUAAAUAGCUUCAUUUUCUUUUGCAUAAAAAAAAAGAUAUACCACUUUGCUAGGAGGUCAUUUUUGAGAACAGAGCACUUCAGGUCCCCCACACUAUCCUAGCAUGGGACAGAAAUGAAAUACAACUUGUCCACGUAAAAAAAAUAAUCAAAACUAUUCUUUCCUGAUGUUCAUGCUUCAUAACAUGACCUUUCACUUCUUUUCCAAAUGUUCCGAAAACAUACCAUCUCAGAUGCUAGAACUUGCUUAAAAGCUUUAUAAAUAAGUAAAAAUUAAAAACACUUCGUUUUACAUAUAUAAUAUGUGUUUGUUCUUGUGAAUACAUAUCUAUAUAUGAUAAAACAUAAUGCAUGUCACUUUCUUCCAUUUUGUCGAGGCUGCGCAUUCAUACAAAAAAUUGAAAUGUGAAUGGAACUGAAAUGAGCUGAUUUAGGGUAUUUAUUCAUGCUGGAUAGACCAAAGUUUCAGAAGUGCCUACUCUGUUUUGAUGUAAAGGAAUGCGUGGACAUUAACAUUUUGUUUUGUUUUGUGCGAGAAUAUUACCCUUCUAGUUGGUCACAAGUGUGACUGUUUUGUGAGAAGUUAAUGAAAUUUGUUAGUGUUUAUGAAAUGCGAACAGUAAGUAAUCAUACUCUUCUUACAAUCAUAAUUUUUUUUACCUAUUAUGAAAAAAGGGGUGUGUGACGUGGAUGUUACAGCUAUAAAAUACUCCUGAAGUUUGACAGUAUGAACUUUUUCCCUUUUGAAUAUAUACUAAAAUAAAAUCAAAAUUGUCCAAGACAUCCAUCCAUUGUUGAGGAGAGAAGUGAUUGUCUUAGACAGGUGGAUAUCUAGGACAAUGUCAUUAUAAUCAUAUUAAAAAUGCAAGGAGGGAAAUAGCAAGUAGUCAUUUGUACAGAUGAUUGUCUUGGACAGAUGGCCAUUAGAGCAGUUGACUUUUGUUAUUACUUCCUCUUGAAAAUGUUUUUUUUUACCUAAAUGUUUUUUUAAAGUCCCCAUCGACACAAUUUAGAUCAUUUAGAAGGCUGGCUUCUGACCUUGCCUAUCAGGACCAACCCAAGCUGAGAGGGAUACAACUCCCCUGCAGAUGGGUCGAGAACUCGAUAAAGAUUUGUCCCCACUUGAGAAUCGAACUAACCGUUACAUUACAGAUGCUCUGUUUUUCAAGUGUGAAAGCUAACUGAUUUAAAAAAAAUUAUGAUAGUGCCCUGUACAUUCCUACUUUGCUUGCCAUAGUGUCAUUACGCAAUCAGUUGCACUUCUAAAAAAUUGUUUCAUUUGAAACAGCAUACAUAAAAUUGAAUAAUGUCUGAAUAUUUAAACCAUUACAUGUAAAUCAUUUUUAAAAAAUUCUGUAGUCUUGUAACUGUGGAAAUAAUUCCUUUCAGUCUAUUAAUUUCCUGAACUACACAAAUUACCAGAGAUAAAAAAUGGAGAAAGGAAGGGGGGGGGACACGUUUUAAAUGGGUAUUUUCUCUGAUCGUUAAUUCUUGAAAAAAAAAAAAGAGAUAAAAAGUCUACGCACAUUCUCAUCAGGCUUCAAUGGCUUUACUACCGGUACAGUUUUUGAUUUAACAUGUCUUCUGUGAGUUAUUUUGUGAACGAAAUGUCAGCCAUUUGAUAACCUUUUAAAGUUGCAUCUUUUCAGCAGAUCUGAAUUUUAAAAAUGAUAUUGAUAGCGUUUUUGUUCUUCUCAAAAGUGCAUUGAAGUUUGAUAGGUUUCUUAAAGUUGAAGUAAAUCUUAGAGAAUAAGUGCAAGAAACCACAUACUGUUUCCUUGAGAGUCAUCGUAAGUGGGCUGUGAUAAACAAAGUAAAUUAUACACAUAACUCUUUGUCAACCCAACAGCAAAAGGAAUGUAAGUCUUGAUUUUUGUUAAUUUCUUUUAUGGGGACACUUGUUGCUUGUAAAAACGUUUUUUUGGAUUGUGGGCCAUUAUCUUAUAUUAUGCAUUUUGCUUUUAGUUAUUAAUAAUUAUAGGCCUAAUAAUAAAAUUAAUAGUAUUAAUGAUAAACAUUGUGAAAAAUAAGGGUCCAAGUUCUCGGUUUGAGAAAUUUUGAGAUUUUGCUUAACACAUUGACUGCUAUUUGUGUAAGAUUUCGCCAUUGGACAUUUUAAAAAAAUGAUGUACGAGUAUGACAGAGCCUCACUCUGAGCAGUGGACAUGUGUUAGUUUGCUUCAUUGCACAUUAUUUUUUUAUCUCAAACUUUUGUCUGUGAACAAAGACAAAUACGGUAUCUGACUCUUAUAAAGAAAUCGAUUCAUAUCAGUAGUAUAUUGACAUUUCACAAACUUUGAAACCUUCUAUCAUUUUCAUUUCUUCCAUUUUUGGCUACUGUUACUCCUCUAAGUAAUAAUUUCAAUGAUAUGUAUUGUAUAAUCAGACUGUUUGAUCUUUAUUUAUACCCAUAAUGCGAGCCAAUAAGCAAUACCACUGAGCCUGUGUAAAAUUGAAUGUCUUUUUUGUGCAAAGAUGUUUCUGUUGUAAUGAUUACAGGGUAUAGCCUAUUUGCAUGUAACAAAUGGUGAUAAUGUUGACUGCAAACUUGUUUCUAGACAUUGUUGCCUGUGAUAACUUGGUUUUUUUUAAAAAGCUAAAUAGUAUUGAAUGGUGAAAAGUGAUUUAUUGUCACAAGAGAAGAAGUUGCUGUUUCACUACUUCUCUCAGGACCUGAAUAUGAUAGUAUUUAUUCUAUUAGUGCAGUGUUAUCUGAGUCUGACAUUUCAGCGGUCUGAAAGGUCUUAAGUGGGAAAGGAUGUAAAACUUAUUAAUUGGUGUCAUCUUAGUUUUAUUCAUGCUUUCAGCUUUUUGUAUUAUUUUUGGUUUUUACUCUAUUUAAUAAUGAUAACACAUGUAAUGAUAAUAAUGUGCUUGGUGGUUUGGAUUUUAUUUUAGUCAUGGUAUUGUAAAACAUCAAUGGCACCCUGUUGUUUCAAAAAGUCACUAAAAAUAUGUAGAAUCAAUGAGAGAUUUCCCAUUUAUGACAGCCAUUACAUGUUUCCUUAAUAGAAGCAGAUUGUUUUAUUGACAGCUUCUACUUUACAACACCCAUUCUCAACCUCUCAAAAUUGUUUGUGUGUGUGUACCUGGAGAAAGGUCCCAGUUGUCAGAAAUUUGGACUUAUUGAAAUAAGGGCAUAUCCUUGUAGUAAAUUCAAUGCUGAACAUGCUGAUUUUUAAUUUUUCAAAUAUUUUCAUUAUUUAAAAACAUGCCACAUGGUGUAAAAACAAAGUUUGGAGAAAACCCCAAUUUGUAGCACAUUUUAAAAUGUUCGUGAAGCACAACAUGUUGCAAAACUAACUGAUAAAAAAUAUUUAGACUUAAAAUAUUAUAAAAUCCUUUCAGUUAUGUUGUUUAAGAAAUCGUUUAUCCUUUGUUUUUUUGAUGGAACAAAAUUCUUGAACAGGUACUAUAUUUUGGACCUUUUUACCCCGCUGCUCAAAAAUAGCUUUGCCAACAACUGGGACCUUUCUCCAGGCACACACACACAUAUCAUUAGGCUUCCUUUGAUAAAAACUCUAAUGAACCAGGAUAGCACUGAAUUGCAAGCAUAUUGAAACUGUAUGAGCUCUUACAGGUUUCUCAUUUUGCACCAUGAGUUACAUCAUAUCCAUCUAUAAUAGCUAGUACUGAAAAGAAGCAGACCAAUGUCAUUACUCUUUUUAUGAAGUAGUUUCCCUCAUGUUUCAGGAAACCUUAUAAUAAUGUCUGUUGCAAAGAUACUCUUAAUUGUCAAUAGGUAUGGGUUAAUAUUGACCUUUGCUUGAAAAAUGCUGUUCUUCUUCAGUUCUGAACAGCUAAGAUGUCUUAGUUUUUAAUGAUUGCAACAUCUGUCUACACAGGGUCCUCUGGAGUUUUUCAUUUUCAUUAAAGUCUAGGUACUCACUCCAACUGCUGUAGAAUCAGAGAAAUUGGGGGAGGAUACUGGAAUGUUAUUUCCUGAACAAUUUUUCUUGAACCAUGGGGGGAUGAAACUAGGCACUUUAACAUGAGAGCUUUAAUCUUCCGCCAUCAGUGGUAUGAUUUGAGAAAGGAAAUUCAAAUUUUCUUCUCACAAGAUGCUUGUUUUUCUCUUUAAGGUCAUCACUCCCUCUGCAAGCAGGAGUUCUUGCAUUGUGUGUUGUGUAAGUGAACAAAAGGUCUUUGUUACACACAUUUGACCACACACGUUUUAACAUUUCGUUACUAUUUACUAAUAAAAUGGUGCUCAUGUCUCAUUUGUAAUGUGCUACACAGUCUCCUACUACAUACAUUUAGCAUCAAUUUUUUAGAUGUUAUUUAUAAGUGUACUCUGUGAUGUUUUAAAAAAUCUCACUUUGUGUUAAGGUUAUGGAUACAAACUGUUUUUUUUUUUUUUCAUGUAAGCGUACUGUUAUAAUGUAUUAUUGUAAUUGUUAACCUCUUUUGA